UGGAGGAAGCGAGAGCGCAGAAACUAUAACAAGGGAGCACGGGGAGAAGCGAGAGAGAGAGAGCGUGGGAGAAAAGUCCAGGAGAGGUAAGGGAGGCGGAAGAGAGGGAGAGAGAGCGACAGGUUGUCACGUGACCGGAGCAGGAGAGCGACGGGGAGGAAAGGAAGCUACUUUCCAACCAACCAAGACGGGCGUCCACUUAAAAUCGUGAUGAAGUCACGGAUUCUGCAGCAGUCCAGAUCGCGUUUGGUUGCAGGCGGCAACGGCGCGACGACUUUUCUCUUUGCGGCGACGACCACCACGUCUUACGACAGCGACGGCAUGGACUUGCACCAGUAUCAAAAGCGGUCGCCCUCGCCCCUGAAGAGGAAGCACUACGAGAGCGAGGAUGAGGAGAGCUCGCCCGGGGCUUCGAUGCGCCCCAGAAAAGGGUCCGACAGCAGCGGGAGCCCCAUUUCUGUGACUGUUUCGAGCGGCGAGCUGGUUCGCCGCGCCAACAACUGUGUCGAGGUGAAAUAUUCUCCCAUCCUCACCAACAGCAGCGGGCAGCCCCGGCAGACCGCGGUGGUUCCGCCGACCCCCGGGGCGCGCAACCCGAAAUGCGCGCGGUGCCGAAAUCACGGAAAAACUGAAAACGUCAAGGGACACAAGCGGUUCUGCCCCCACCGGUUUUGCAUAUGCCCCAAGUGCCAGCUGAUUAAGGAGCGACAGAGGGUGAUGGCACAGCAGGUGGCCCUUCGCCGGGCCCAGGCCCAGGACGAAGCCAUGGGGCGCUUUCAUCCCGAGGAAGAUGUCGUCUUGAACGGCAUCUCGUCACCUGGGUCCCCUUCCAGCGACGGACCCGCAUUCGCCAUGAGAAUGCUGUCGUCGACUUUCUCGGCUGCAGCGUCAGGUGGUAUCAAAGGGGACACACUACGCAAAGACUUUCACGCCCUAAUAAGCAAAGUCGAUGUCAACCAAAGUGUAGCACUUUCUGCUUUAUUAGCGCUUCUCAAAAAGUCAGAAAGCCUACAGGACGCAAUGGACAGUCUCGCUGAUGCGGUAAAGCAGCUGCCAGAAAUGUUCCCUCCUCAGCUGGACAGCGGAUUUUCCACUCCCACAUCCGAAAUUUCUAGGCGAAGCUUGGACCUAAUAAGUGGGGAAUUUUCGAGGGAAAAACUCGCGACAGAUAUUAUUGCAACCGAAAAUUUGGUGCACGACGUCCCGUCUAGAGAAAAUUACUGGUCGGAGUAUAUGAGAGACAAUCUAGUUGCAUCAGAGAGAGCUCAAACCUACGCCAGAAGUCUGAGCUGCUGCAUCCGCCCCACCUCAGUGGCCUCCUCCCCGCCCGCCAGCGCCUUCUGGAUGUCCGGCAGCACGGGGACAGCGGCCCCUGGCUUCAUGUAUCCCCAACCCUACCCCUCCUUCAUGCUGCCUAGCCCCUACUAUUCAGGACAACUCUCAGCCCCAUACAGCCUCGGUGGACGUCCUACCAAUGGCUCCCAUUCGCCGCUGGAGCAGCACCAGAUGUCCUACGGCCUGGCGCCCCCACCGACGACCGUCAGCUCCCCCUACACACCCCUGUUCCCCGCCGCCCCCUCCACAGCCGCCGGACCCUCCUCGAGUGGAGACAGCCGCGGAUCGGCCGAAUUCCGCGAAGAUUCUGACCGGGAGGGGGCCGCGGCCCCCCUGGGUUCAGGGAUCGAGCGCGUGAGCCCACCCUCCACGUCUUCCGCGCCCGCCCCCACUGUCCACCCCAAAGCGACGAGAGGGAGGAACCACCAGUUCGACUUCAGCAGACCGAGCACGACGGAAAACCAUCUGAGGAGGUGAAGACGGAAAUCAUUUUCUGAUAUUCAGUUUUGAUAGUUGCAUAUGCCCCAAAGUAAAAGAAAGGGGAAAAAACUGCAGAAUUUUUGUGUUUCUGCUUCAUCUGACAGCUAUUAGCUCUUCAUUCUAGGAGGUACUUAAAACAGCAGCAAAAACGAUGUUCUUUGGCGAUGGUACGAGGCGAGGAUCGAGUCAAUCUGAGACCGCCGAUUGCAACAAAAAAGAAAAUAAAUAAAAAAAAGCGAUCUGUGAUUUUGGACUUAGUGAAGAACGUUUCAGUGGAAGAACUUGAACGUAUAAAAGUGCACAUUGCUGCAUUUUUUUGUAAUCCUAUGCAAAUGCUCACAUGCAAUACGAAUCAAGUGAUAAGUUUCUGUUUUCAGUUUCUCGCCUAUGCAAAUGUGAAAAAUUUAAAAAACUGAGUUGAAUUUUAUUUUCUUUACAUGUUCCGGUGAUAUUGUGUGACGAAUUAUGUUAUGUAAGUCAUAUUGCUUUUGAUAUAAAAAAUAACAGUUUUCUGAAACGAUCAAAUGAUGUGUAUCCGUUACCGCCUUUGUACUCAAUCAUGAAUGUUGGAGAGACACCAGUCACCAGCAAACUUCUCGUCACGCCAACUGGCGCGAUUAUUACUGGCGUUCAGAUAACUCUUGCGGUGGCUAACUUUUUGUUUUAUGGAUCAAUGUCUCGAUGCAUCAUGAAAUAGUGCAUAAAAUAGAUUACAAAUUAGUGCGUUUCAAUGGAUCAUUAAAUAAGUACGUUGUUUUAACCAUAAUUUGUGCAUCAUAACUAAGUCCAAUAGUGCAUUUAAAAUAGUGCAUUUAAUAUUUUUUCCUUCAUUUUAUUUUGCGAAAGGUAAAUAAAGAAUACCAAAGGAUUUUGUUUGGAAGACUGAAAACUAGGAAAACUAGUUUUUUUACUCAUGAUUUUCUACUUCCAAUAACCGUGCUCUUUGUUUAUUUAUGGAAAAUUAAAAUGUUACAAAAAAGCAGCUUAAAACUUCGCUGCAGAAUUUAUAAAACAUUAAAUCACAAAAAGAUUUAGAAAAUUUAAAAUGGCAAUCAGACUUGUAGAUAGUAAUAUUAUUUCGAAACUGGAAUUAGAAUUGAUCCAUAAGCAGCCAAGUUCGCCACUGCUUUGGCAAAUAAACAUUUCGUCUUUCAAAAUGUUACAACUUGCUUUCAGACAAAUCAUAAUUAAAUACUUCUGCAAUAUAGCACCCCGAGCUUUCUUGUGACUUUGGGAUUAGUUCGCGAACGCAACAAUCAUUUCGCCAAGCUCGUGAAACGAUUGGCGAGAUUGCACCUUUGCCGAGAUAUCUCUGUUACAACUGAAUCUCAAUACUGACGAGAUUGCACAAUCGAAUCUCGGGAGCAUCUGUAAUGCAGAAGUACCUGUAAUUGUUUAAGUAUAUUACAACAAUGAAUAAUAUUUGGUGUGUAUCAGAUCUUUUUAUGAUAUUGCUAAUGUAUCUCAGAAAAAAAGUGAAAAUAAAUAUUUUAACAGGCAUUUUCUUUCCAGACAAUCAGGACGAUUCUCGUACCGAUUGAACUUCUUCCCCUGUUGUUUUCUACCUGUCACGUGCAUGAAAUUGCAUCCGAUUCACCAAUCUGAUAUCGAAUUUGUCACUUGACGAGUUGAAAACGAUAACGAAGUCCAAUCAAGGCGUACGAGAAUCAGGCUGGUUGGUUUGACAAAUUUGUUUGUUAUUAUUAUUAUUAUUUUUGUUUCAUGUUUGACUGUUUGUGAAAGCGAUAGACAAUGUGAUGCAUUAAAAAACCAUGAAAAUCAACAUAAAUGAAAGUCAGGGGGAUACGCUUCAGAUUUUUAGAUCACUAUACGUAAAUAUGAAAAAUACAUUGUAAAUUGUAUUUUUUCUUAGCAAUAAUUUAGAAUUGAACCAAUGCAUUAAAAUUUCAAAAGUAAAGAUUUUUAGAUCACUAUACGUAAAUAUAAAAAAUACAUUAUAAAUUGUAUUUUUUCUUAGCAAUAAUUUAGAAUUUAACCAAUGCAUUAAAAUUUCAAAAGUAAUUGACUCACGUAUGUUACAAUAUAUAAGGCAUUAAAUAUUUUCCAUUUUACUAAGCAACUGUUAAAUUGCAAAGUAUACCUUUUUAACACAAAAUUUAUCGUAAAAUAACUGCACCUGCACAUUUAUUCCAUCUAACUUGGUUCAAGAAUUUCACGAAUUAGAGAUUUGUGAGCUUGUUUGUUAUAAAUUUUGGAACUUUCAAAUUGAAAAAGAAAGGAAAAAACUUAUAUUUUAUCGUAUAAAAUUCGACUUUAAAAAGUCUAUUUUUAUAUUCAAAACUAAUGAAAUAUUUAGAUUUUUUUACGAGAUUGAAAUAGUUGGAAGCCAAAUGUGGAAGCCCAAUCAACUUUUGUAAUACAUUACUUUCAAGUGUUCUUUUAUGGUUGACUUAAAAUCAACAAAAUGUGUAAACAUUUUAAUUUUCUUUCUAAUAUGUGUGAAUUUUUCUUUUAAUUCAAUUUUAGGUAAAAUAAAGAGUUUGAAUGUGCCUGAAAAUCUACAACAACACAUUAUGUUUCAUUUGAUCAUGUUAAUUUUAGUUUUGCUUAAACCACGUACGCUAUAGCAUUUAAUGUAUACUCUGAUGCAAUAUUUUAUGUAGCCACUUCCAAUGUAAAUAGCAGGAAAUUUGGGACUUAAUUCGUAGAAGUCUUAUUAAGUAAUGUCAUCUGUAAAACGGUAUUUCAGCAAGUAGCUUUUUGAGCAAUUGUAUCGAUGAAGUCUUAAGUCGAUGAAGUCUAAGAUUGUAUCGAUGAAAUCUUAAAUUGCUCCGAGUGAAACUUAGUGAUAAAAGAAUUAAAUUUAUUGCCAAGAUUUGAGCAAAGUUUUUCAUCGAAAAUAUUUUUGGAAUGUUUUUAUUUCAAAUGAAAAAGGAGAUCUAGUUUAUAGCGUGUUUAUAUUUUAAUAAUCAUACAGAAUAGCUAUGAAACAUCUAGAAAAGCUGCGUUUACCAUUAUUACAGUGAAUAGUUCGUCAAAAAAAUGUAGUCAACAAAACUUUUUUUUUUUUUUUUGAGAAUUAAAAACAUGUUUAAGAUUACUUUGGGUUUAAAAAAAAAUCUAAGUUUUUAACUUUGCAAUUUCAUCCCAAAGCUCGCGCUCAAAAUAUUUAUUCCUCUUUUAUAUUUUUAAAAUUAAAUAUUUUUCUGCAAAUACAUUUUUUUAUUAACCAACUUUAAAAGUUGUAUUUCUUAGCCAUGUAAUCUUAGAUGAAUAUGAAGCAACUAACAAUUUUAUUUCAAAAUCAUAUUUGAUGGGUGAUGGCUAAAAACCAAUCGAUUUUAGUUGUCAUCUUAAUCCAUUACAAGUAUUUUUUUUAAUAAAUAUUUGUAAAAUUACUGCUUGCAUAUAAAUUUACAAAGACUAACAUCCAAAUAGAAAACUGCUUCUUCUUCGCUGGUGCUACACCCUGUUGCAGGCCAAGACCGUCUCUUGAAGUCUUUCCCACCUAACCUUAUCCCGUGCAAAGGCCCUCCAUCGGUUCACUCCUACUUUUAAGUCCUUUUCUACUCCAUCCAGCCACCUGACAGGGGGUCUCCCUCUUAGGCGUUUUCCUUCAAUGUUGGAGAAGGUGACUUUUUGUGGGGAACGUAUCUGCAUAUCGAAAUAUGUAGCCAAGCCACCUAAUGCGAGACGCCUUUAUAACCUUUAAGAUGUUAGGUUCACCAUACCUUUUGUAAAUUCCAUGGUUAUAAGCUCUUCCCUAACAUUUAUCAUGUUAAAGAAUCUCUUGGUCCAAAAAUCUUCCUUAAAAUUUUUCUCUCAAAAACCAAUAAAAGCUCUUCUUCUGCCCUGUUAAAAGCCCAACAUUCACUUCCAUACAGGACAACAGGUCUUGUCAAUGUUUUAUAUAGAGUUAUUUUAGUUUUAAUGCUGAUGUAAUCCAAAUAGAAAACCAAUGGUUUUUUUCUUCCAAUUUGAUAGAUAAAGGUGGAAGCUUUUUUGAUCUAUCAAGAAACAUUUAUGGUAAUCCAAAAACAAAAUUAAAAAAAAUAUAACAACAUUAGUUUUUGGUUCUCUAUCGCCAAAAAUCUUUAAAUUGAGCAUAAUAAAUGCUCAUUAAAAACAUAAACCACUCACUAUUCUUUAUAGGAUUAAGAAAUACACAUUUUUUAAAGAAAAAAUUGGCCAUACCAAAACCUUUCUUCUAAACGAAUAAAAUUGCCUCGUAAUUUAUGAAGAGAUUUCAAAUGCUGAACUGUAAACAGUUCUUUCUACAUAUAUUUGUAUCGAGCGUGGCUAUAUUUUUUUUCCACUUUUUUAAUCGACAUUGUGUUUCAAAAAAAAAAUCUUAUGAUACUUUUUCUUAAAGAAAAUGCAAUUAGAGUGUAGUAUUGGUUCAAGUAGAGUAAAACUAAUACUAUAAAUGAUAUUAAAUAUCUUUCUGAGCAAGAAUAUACAAAAAAGAAAGUAACUUAAAAGUAUCAAAGCAAUUUUUUUAUACGUAACUCUUCUUCUUUGCAGAAGUAUUUAAUUUUCAUGAAGCGAUACGGUUGUAAAGCAAAAACUUUAAAAAUAUGACCCCCUCCCCCCCCCUUCACCAUCCUAAUUUAAAUUUUUAAGAGAAUCUGCAUGCAUAUUUUCCAUGACAAGUUUACUUUUUUUUCUUUAAACACGCACGGAAUAAUACCAAUCUAACUGUUUGUAUUUAUUGGAAAACUUUCAAAAGUUUUUACCUACUCUUUGUUGAUUUAAACUUUCGUAUCCGCAACACCUCAUAUUUCUUGGAAAAACAACAAACAAUGUAAACAAAAAUCGGUUGUUUCAAAAAGCGGUCGUAAAAUGUUAUACUUUUAUCUAACUUGAACUCUCGAGUGCAGCGAAAUUUUGAAAACUUCAAUAAAAUAUCUUAUGGCUACAUUAGGAAUGUACAUAUAAUUUACAUCACAUUUUAAUUAUACUUGAAUUGCAAGUGACAGCUUGUUUAGCUCUAAAUCAAGUACUAAUUGCUUAAAAAUGUUUUAAAACAACUAUUGUAGGACUUUGGUAAGUAUGAUUACUGUACUCAAUACUAGGUGGCUUUCUCAAAUUUGUUGUUGUUUCCUUACCGAAAAGUACACUACUUCGUGGACAUAUUUCUGUCAUAAACUAAAUUUGGUGAAAAUGUGACACUUUUUGUUGUUGGUCCAAGCUACAGAUAGGUUUGCUCAAUUAUCUGUUUGUAACAUGAAUAUCUCGUUACUUCAAAAACAAAAAAAACCUCUGACUUCUGUAAGUACUUUAUAUUGCUUUCAUUUAAAUAAAUCGUUGCUUGUUGCAAAUAAUCUUAUGCAAAGAAUACCUUUCGAAACGCAAAAUAUUCUACCAAGACAAAGGUACGAGCAAUAAUAUUAUCAAUUGUUACGAAUAAAAUCAAUUCUUAUUUUAGGUGAUAGCUAAAGAUGGCUACUGUAGGUUUCAAUACGAAAUAGGCAGAUUUUCACUGGUUUUUAAGGCACAACGUAAAAAAAUACGAAAAAUUCAUUUGAAUAAAUAUAGCUUUUCGAAAAGAAAUAGAUAAAUGUCAAACGAGCUAAUUAGAAUUAUAAAAGCCUUAACUAUGUCAAACGGGAACAAACUCUUUGUUUAAGGCAUUUUUAAAGCUACAAAAGAAAUAUCUUUUAUGAGGUAUCCCAGGUGGCACGCGUAACGUUUAAACGUUUUUAAAUGGUUUUCGGAAGGCUAAGGACUAUUUUUUUAAAUAUCAUAAACGUUUUAAAAUGGUUGUCGGAUCGUUACAACCAAUUUUAAACGUUUAUGUAACGAACCUGGGAUAGAACGAAUAAAAAAGAAUAACAGCGCUUCAUUUGAAAAAAAAAAAAAAAAAAAAAACUUUAUUGAAAAUGAUAUAAUCCUCAACUUUAUUAAUCUCCAAACGUAACUUAACAAUCCGACUUUCCAAACCUCAACUUUAACAAUAAAUUUUAAAAUAUAUAUAUAUUUACGUAAACUGCUAAGGGCUCGAUAAAUUGUUUAUAUUGGUAAAAGGUUAAAUGUUGUCUCAUCAAAAAUUGCAUUUGGGUUACGGAAACCAAUAAAUCUCGAGAAACUGGGAAAAAAAAAAAAGAAUCUUGUCACUAUUCCUUCUCAGUAUUGAAGAUUCACAAUUGCUAACCAUUAGUUGUUGAUGUUUUUUAUUAUGUUGCUGUUAAUAAAUCACCGUCUUUUCAUGUAAUGUGAUAACUGAUGAAAUCUCGAAGCGCAAAAGGUAUUACCGCCUGUGAGAUUGCAUGUAAUAUACAAGAACCCUUGUUAACUCAUUUGAGCCAGUAUAAUUUAUGUAAAGUAUCAUGUACCCUGUAGCGUAUUUUGUUUGUAUGAUCAUUCAUGCAUCAGUACCAGCAUAAUUCCAUUUUCAGCGUAUGAUGAGAAUUCAUUAUAUUUAUGUAUAGUUUUUUGAGUCUAUAGUUAAUUGUUGUUCUCGUUGUCUAUGUCGUUUAAAACUGUGGCCAUUUUUAUAUGUUUGCUGAGCUCAAUGUUGUGACUAUUACAAAGACAAGAUGUCAAAGAAAAAAAAAAUCAAUUCUCAGCCUAAUAAAGCUACUUCCAAGCAUUUA